CCAGCUAAAGAAUGACUUAUUCAAAAGGGGUUGCUUUCAAAAGCUCAUCUCUCUCUCACUGAAUCUGCUGAUCUCACUACUACUUGCCAUCUUUUACUCCAUCAAAAAUCCUCAACCAAAACCCACUUCACUUACAUUGAAACAAACAAACACGCCUCUUCUCAUUCUCUGAUUCAGAUUAGAAAUCAAGAAAUGGUUCCUACACAUCCGCAUUACUGGAGAAAAAGAUUAUCAUUAAACCCACAUGCUCUUCUUCUUUUAGUAAUCUGCUUCUUCUUCGUCCACCACUGCGACGCCUCGAGAGCCUCAUCCCCGUCAAGCGUUUCCUACAGAAACCCUAAUAAUGAUCACAACAAAAAUACCAUAAGGAGAGGUCAUUUCAUGGGGUUCUUGCCAAGACAUUUCCCUGUUCCAGCUUCUGGUCCUUCACGAAAACACAACGACAUUGGUAUACAGGCCUUGUUGUCUCCAUGAUUAUGCGCUCUCUCUCUUUUUCUCCCUCUCUAGAGUACAUUGUACAAUUUAAUGAAAUGCAUGUACUCAUACACAGAAGUACAAAACAACAGUAUUAAACUAUUAAUCGAUCUCUGCUGUUUGCUUUGACAUGUACCUAAGGUUUCAGAUGUUUGACCUCUUCUAGUUGUUGCUCGAGCUUUUAGUUUUUUUUUUUGUUUGCAUAUAAACUUCUUUAGAGUAGAGAAGUGAAAGAUAAUAUGGGUUCUUUCAUAAAAAAAAUAAAUAAAUAUGGUUAGGUCUG